AUGUCACCACAUACGCAGCGUACUACCAAAGCUUUGUUUCAUGUGCUCGCCCAAUUAUCUGAGAAUUUUAUAUUUAUUUAUUUAGGUUUGACAUUAUUCACACAGAUAGAUUUGGACUAUAAACCCUCUUUUAUCUUCUUUACAUCGAUUAUUAUUUGUAUAUCACGAUACUGUGCAGUAUUUCCUCUUUCAAAUUUAAUCAAUACUAUGUCACGAUAUAGAAAUAAGGGUGAAGCUAUUCCACAAAAGUAUUCAGUUAUGUUAUUCUGGGCGGGAUUGAGAGGAGCGGUGGCAUUUGCAUUGGCAGCUGGAUUGGAUGGUAAAAAUGCAAAUGCGAUGAGAACAACAAUUCUGGUAGUGGUUGUGUUGAGUGUUAUUGUUUUUGGGGGCACAACUAAAUAUAAUAACUAUGUAAGAUAUCGUGAUGAAGAUAGAGAUCACAAUAAUGGUCAUAGUCGAACAAAUUCUCAAGGAUCGGUAGUGUCUAAUUCUGGAGAUACUAAUAAUAGAUUUUCUAACGAAUUGCAACAAACAAACUUAUCACCUAUGCAGAAACAUUGGUUUAUAUCAUUUGAUGAUAGAUUUUUGAAACCAUUUUUUACACGAAAUAUAGAUUUUAGACAUGGGCCACCCCAUGAUAGAUGGGAUUAUGGAGAAAGGAGACAUGAAGGAAAUAACGAUGCUUUCAUAGGAUUAGCGGGAGAGCCAGUGAGAGGUGAUUCUUCUUUGAGAACUCCUGUAAGAAGAAAUGGAGGGGGAAAUUAUAACAAUUCAAGAACUGGACUAAAGCGAGGAAAUUAUAAUGAAAAUUUGUCAGAAGGUUCCCUAUUAUCCUCACAGCAACAGGACCUUAGUAUAACGAAUCCAAAAACAGUCGGACUACAAAGUUUCCCUGAUUUGGGUACUUUGUUGUCUAAUGAAAAUCAAAAUGAAGAUAAAGACGCGAACGAACAAGUCUUAGUAGAUCUUAAUGAACUUUAA